GAACUGUAUGUAAGUGCUGGGCGUAUUUUUUUGAGCGAAUAAUAAAAGUAAAUUGAAUAGAAAUAAAGUGUGUGUUUAUUUGAACGGAAAGUAAAGCUUUUGACUACCUGUAUCUAAAAUAUAUUUCGGAUCCCGAGCGCAUGAUUUCUUUAUAUAUGUAUGGAUUGGAUACGUAAAAUUAAUUCUUCUUCUAUAUCUGAGGUUAUUCUUGUGUUGUGCUGUUGUAUUCACAUCAAAAGUAUAGAAAGUGAAAGGCUCAUGCUAAGGAAAAUUUAAAAAACAAGGUACAGACAAUUUUGUAGUAUGGACGAUGUCGCUUCCAAGGGAGGUGCCAGGCAUAGCAAGGCACUAAGAAAACAUAGAUCCAGGUCUUCAUCAACAUACACAGAUUUGGAAAAAGGUCAAAGAAAGAAUUCUUCAGGCAAUCUUGUUUCGUUUCCCAGUGCCAUUAAGCUCAGUAUGCUCAAUAGUGGACUUCUGUCAUUUGAUAAAAUUCGAUUGGAAGUACGAGAUGAACACAAUUCGCUUUCAAGGGCCAUGCCAAGUACACCAGUGAGUCUCAGAAAAUUUUUGAAACUUUGUGAGCAGAGAAGGAAAUUUCCUGUGUUAUAUAAACUAGAGUUUAUGACUGCAAUCAAAGUUGAAGGAAAUACAUGUAGACAUGCAACCAAAAAGCACAACCAAAUAAAAAAUCAAAACCCCAAAUGUAUUCCAUACGAUUAUAAUCGCGUGGUUUUGAAAAAAGAAGAAGGAUCGACAGAGUCAGACUAUGUUAAUGCUUCAUAUGUGGACAGUCUGUUGAAACCAAAUGCAUACAUUGUUACUCAAGGUCCAACUGAAGAAACUGUUAAUGAAUUCUGGAAAAUGGUGUGGCAAGAAAAUGUUAUAGUUAUUAUAAUGUUAACUAAAACUUUUGAUUUCACAAAGGUUAUGUGUGUUCAAUACUGGCCCCCAAAUAUGGAGACACAUGAAACAUACGGAGAGAUACACAUAAACAUAUUAAAGGAAGAACAACUUGCCAAUUUCCACAUCAGGACAUUUCGACUUUACAGAAAAAAUGAGGCCAAUGAAGUAACUGAAGAAAGGCUUAUUUACCAGUUUCAUUAUACUGAAUGGUAUUCACACUCCUGUCCAUUUUCAAAUGCUGUUCUUGAGUUCAGACGCCGCGUUCGAUCCGUUGUUGGCAACAUAAUAAAAGCAAACGAUAUACGAGGACCAAUGUUAGUACAUUGCAGCGAUGGAGGGGGACGCUCUGGUGUGUAUUUAUCAAUUGAUUCAAACCUCGAGUUAGCGGAAGAAGAAGAAUCUUUUCAUGUGUAUGGUUAUUUAAAAAAAAUGCGACAGUCCCGAAAAGGUUUGAUCGAAAAUAUGGAUCAGUAUAAGUUUGUGUACGAUACUCUUGAAGAACAUCUCACGUCGGGGAAUACCUGGUUUCCUGUCAGUGAACUGUCAGAAUGUUUAAAAGCUAAAUCAUUGAAGGAUCCUAUAACCCGGAUCAACGAAUAUCAAAAGGAAUAUUUAUUGAUAUGCAAGCAAACCCCAAGAUUUUCAAUCGGUGACUGUGCUGGUGGACAUAGAGCGGAUAACAGAGAGAAAAACAGAGACGUCUUGUGUGUUCCACCUGAUAACUUUCGACCAUAUUUGACAUCAUUUCAAGGAAAUGCUUUUACGGAUUACAUUAAUUCCGUUUUUGUUGACGGCUAUACGAAACCAAGAGAAUACAUUGUGACUGAAUGGCCAAUGAAACAUACUCUUGGUGAAUUUUGGUCCUUAGUAUAUGAUCACGAAUGCUCUACUGUAGUUGUUCUUUGUCAACCCCCACAAAACUCACAGCAGUAUCCAUCUUUCUGGCCAUUUCAAUCGAAAAUGGAAAAGUAUGGACCAGUUUUCUCAGUACAUUAUUCUUCAUCCAGGAAAUAUCUUAAUAUAAAACAAUGGGAAUAUAAAAUUAACAAAAAGAUUGUAUCUCUAACAGAAAUGAUGGCUGGUGUUAAGGCUCCUACAAGAACAGUCCAGUUUUUUCAGUUAACGUGUUGGCCUAUGGGACAUAAAGUACCGAGCUCAACGAAUUCAUUGGUAUAUUUGAUGAAUAUGGUUGAAAGCUGGAGAAGGAAAACUGAUUACGGCCCAGUGUGUGUAGUUACACCGGAUGGGAGAAGUAGGGCAGGGGUUUAUUGUGCUGCAAACGCCUGCAUAGAACAAGUUAUCCAACAUGGAGAAGUUGAUGUUUUUCAAGCAGUAAAGACCGUUCGAAGACAUAGACCACAGUUGAUUGAAAACAUGACAGAAUACAAGUAUUGCUAUGACCUGGUUCUGCACUACGUUCUUCAUUUUUUAAAUAGGCAGUAAAAUUUUUGGGUAAAUUGUGGAUUUGAAAAACACAGGACCUGUUGAUGACAAUGUAACAUGGAUAAAUUGUUUGUACAUUUCUAGAUCGUUUGAAAAACACUGUGAACUUCGUCUUAAAUAAAUUUGUUUGUAUUUACAUACUCAUAUAUAUAUAUAUUUGUAAUUCUGAUGCAUUACGUACAAGUUUCGACAUUGAAUAAAUAUAU